GGACCGAACCACAAAUGUUAAUGAUUGGUUGAAACUAGAGCGCGUCUACGUGGGCGCUAUGCUCGAUUGUUAUUGGUCACUUCACCGGAUAUGACCUUUAUUAAAAGAUCAUGGCGGAAGAGUCAAAAAAGCGCAGCGUUUCCAAGAUCAGGCGUGAUGUCAUCGGACCAGGUGACAGUUCCAUUGAUCUCACCAAAGUCCUUCCAAUGAAAAAAAUAAGAAAAAGUCGCCUUAAACCUUGGAUACCACCUAAGAGCACUCAUGCAACCCUCCAUCUUCCUGUUGCUGUUUCUGCAAUUGCUCCUGUUCCUGCAAGUGCACCUACAGGUUCCUCUAGUGGUCCUUUAUGUCCUGAGGAGACUGAGGAGAGUCAUGAAUUUGUGGCAACCACCGAAGAGGUUGUGUCUCUCUCUUUUUCUAAAAAUGACCAGUAUUGCUAUGAGUUAUGUACCUCAGAGCACUUGAUGCUAUGUAGCCACCCUGGCAAAAAUCAAGUGUAUCUAAUGGAGAGGUACCAUGAGGAAAACUUCACGACUACUUCUAAGUAUGUUUUUGUUCAGAGAAAAGUAGUGGAGUUUUCAGAUCAUCAAAAUUGGUGCUACAGCUGUUCCUGUGAUGCAGGGGUUCAAAAGCAGCUUGCUGUAAUAAAAAAAAGCAACUUGACAUUUUCAGAAUUUCUUGUCCUGUACCCCAAUUGUCUCCACAUCCAAACACUCAUUACAGUGAUUGGAAAGGAAUUAAGAUAUGACGAAGCAACUGAUGAGUCAUCAGUGUUUCUGGAAAUCCCAUUUGACACCAACAAAUUCAUAUUUGGAGGCCUUUCUGGGUACACUGUGGUGUCUGCAAAGGAUGGAAAAGUGUACUGCCACCACUGCUCAAUCCACUUUGCAUGUCAUCAUGUCAAGGAGCUAAGAAGUCUGCAGCAUGUGACACAUAUUGCAGAGUUCCUGGGUGGUCUAGGACUGGGACAGUUCCAUCAGGAGGUUAUACCAAGGCCAGUGUCAACACACCCAAUCUCCUUUGAUCAGGUCUGCUUCUCAAGUUGCCCCCAAGAGGCAUUUGUAAGCAAAGACGGGCUGCUGCAGUUGCUGCCAGAGGUCCCUGGUGUGUGUGACUGUGGGGCUGGAAUGGCCAACAUACCAGUGGAGGACAAGAAGGCCAGGCUCUUCACUUCCACUGGGAUGUUUCCAGUGCAAACAUACAAAUACCAGUGCACUGACUGCAAAAACGCAGUGCAGUAUGAGGGAGGAUCCCAGUGUAUUGUCAAUAUGGGGUCCUACCUCAUACACCAUGAGGUCCUCCGGGACUACAUGUUCCAUUUUUUAUUUUCUGGCUCCAGCAUUUACAGCUAUACAAAGGUGUGGGAGCAGAGAGCAGCGGACCAUGGGGUGGCAGACUUCCAUCGCCACAUGUCUUAUCACAAAUUCAGACAUGCCUGGCAUGCCUUCCUGGGUCUUCUGAAUUUCCCCACAGAGGAAGGAUUUCUCUGCCCCACCUGUGGGAGCGAGCCACAGCAGGUUGUGAUGGAUGGAACCACCCUGGGCUACCACCAGAGAUACUCCAGGAGAACCUCUGCCCACACUGAGGACACCUACCUGGGCACAGGGAGCAGGUACAUCGACAGGGUUCUGUUGCCACAGAAGAAGAUCAGGGACAUGCUUGGCAAUUACAUCAAAUCUAUACCAACAUCAAUCCCUGACUUUGAAUGCCUGAAGGCAGAGGUGGAGAGAGGUGCCGGCUUCCUCUCCCCUUUGCUGAGGAUUUUUGAGGAUGGUGGGCACACCUCACACCCCCCCGAGCCCUUCUGUCCCCUCCUUCAGGAGGUGGUGAAAGCCACUCCUGCAUGUGCCCUCCUCCAUCCAGGCAGUGAGGUUGAGAGGCUGGUGAGGGAGAUUUCCUCCACCCCAUCUGAGGAGAUCCCCCACCACACUGACCUGAUGAGGACCCUCGCCCACCAUUGUCCCCUGCUGUGGGACCUGGUAGCUGCCUGUGGCCAUUUCCCUGAGGAGGUCAAACCCCUCCUCAAAAGAAUGGCCCAGGUAGCUUGGUUGGCAUAUGAUGUGCCACCAUUAGGUGAGUGUGCCAGUGUCCCUCAACAAGAUGAGUUGAGUUUUUUCCCCCACCUGCCGACACGGCGUCCUAGGGGGGCCUUCCUGAUGGACCGGCAGAGGAGGGAGGAUUCACAGGAAGCAGGCUGCCACAAGAGUGCUGGCCACCAUGCAGCCCUCAUUCCAGGCCUAUUUACCAUGUUCUGUUCACAUGGAGUUUGCUAUGGAUUCUCCAUAAUGGAGAACUGUGAAUCAGUUAACAUACCGUUCACCAUACUAAGGAGCCACUUCACAUCAGGGCCGGGUACUGUUCUCUAUGAUAAUGCAUGCAAACUGCACAGCUAUGCGUUGAACAGGGACCCACAAUUCUUCAUCAACACGUGGUUCCUUGUGGACAGAUUACAUUGGAAAAACCAUUCUGCAUGCAGCUCGGGUUACAACACCAAUAGAUAUCCACAGUUUGGAAAUAUCAACACCCAAGUGGCAGAGCAAUACAAUGCCAAACUGAAACGGCUAAAGCACCAUUUGCCUUACAUGGCCAAGCAGCAUUUUCUGCAACACCUCAAGCUGUACCUCUGGUAUCAUUCCAGAAAUGUGGCCAGAAAGCUUCAACGUUAACCGAUUAAUGUCUCUGUGUGUGUGUGUGUGUGUGUGUGUGUGUGUGUGUGUGUGUGUGUGUGUGUGAGAGAGAGAGAGAGAGAGUGUGUGUGUGUGUGUGUGUGUGUGUGUGCGUGCGUGCGUGCGUGCGUGCGUGCGUGCGUGCGUGCGUGCGUGCGUGUGUGUGUGUGUGUGUGAGAGAGAGUGUGAGAGAGAGUGUGUGUGUGAGAGAGUGUGUGUUUGUGUGUGUGUGUGUGUGUGUGUGAGAUAGAGUGUGUGUGUGUGUGAGAGAGCGUGUGUGUGUGUGUGUAUGUGUGUGUGUGUGUGUAUGUGUGUAUGUGUGUGUCUCAUUUUCUCAUUUUCACUCAUGUUUCUAAUGCGUGCGUGCGUGCGUGCGUGCGUGAGUGUGUGUGUGUGUGUGUGUAUGUGUGUGUGUAUGUGUGGUUGUGUGUGAGUGUGUGUGUGUGUGUGAGAGAGUGUGUGUGUGCGUGCGUGCGUGCGUGCGUGAGUGUGUGUGUGUGUAUGUGUGUGUGUAUGUGUGGUUGUGUGUGAGUGUGUGUGUGAGUGAGUGAGUGUGUGAGAGUGAGUGAGUGAGUGAGUGAGUGAGUGAGUGAGUGAGUGAGUGAGUGUGUGUGUGUGUGUGUGUGUGUGUGUGUGUGUGUGUGUGUGUGUGUAUGUGUGUAUGUGUGUGUCUCAUUUUCUCAUUUUCACUCAUGUUUCAAAUGCGUGCGUGCGUGUGUGCGUGCGUGCGUGCGUGCGUGAGUGUGUGUGUGUGUAUGUGUGUGUGUAUGUGUGGUUGUGUGUGAGUGUGUGUGUGUGUGUGUGU